AUGAGCAAGCUUUGGUACACGCAGCCCGCAAGCAACUGGAAUGAGGCCCUUCCGGUGGGAAAUGGGCGCCUUGGGGCCAUGGUGUAUGGCCGCACCGAUCAGGAACUUCUUGCCUUGAAUGAGGACUCCGUAUGGUACGGUGGCCCCCAAGACCGGACUCCUCACGAUGCUUUCAAAUAUCUUCCGCAAUUGAGAGAAGCUAUUCGGGCAGAAAAUCAUGCCGAAGCAGAAAGACUGGCGAAACUUGCAUUCUUCGCCAACCCAAUCAGUCAACGACACUAUGAGCCUCUUGGUACCGUGUUCAUGGACUUCGGCCACGAACCUGAUCGGGUAACGAAUUAUCACCGCGAACUAGAUCUCGAUACUGCCACAGUAAAUGUAACUUACAAUUACUGCGGAGCCGAAUAUCGACGACAAGUUAUAGCAAGCUAUCCCGACGAUGUUCUCGCCAUCCAAGUGCUCGGUCCGCCUGAAACAGAGUACGUGGUACGGUUAACCCGUCUGAGUGAGCUGGAAUUCGAGACAAACGAAUACCUGGAUGAUGUUGCCGCUUCCAAUGAUUCCAUCACCAUGCAUGUUACGCCGGGAGGACGAAAUAGCAAUCACGCUUGUUGCAUACUUCACGUUCAAUGUUGUCAGGGGGGUUCAGUCACGAGAAUCGGAAACAAUUUGGUAGUCAAUGCCUCAGAAUCUCUUAUUCGGAUUACUUCACAAACAACCUUUCGUCACGAGGACCCAGACAAGGAAGCAUCUGAAGAUCUCGCAAAGGCACUGGGCUAUGAUGCGGGACAGCUAUGGGAUAGGCACAUCAAAGACUACCAGUCACUGUACAACCGGAUGCAUUUAGAAUUAUGGUCCGAUACGCCAAACAUUCCAACAGACAAGAGGUUAUUGACCUCUCGGGAUCCCGAAUUGAUUGCAACAUAUCACAGCUACAAUCGAUAUCUGAUGAUAUCAUCCAGUCGCAAUGGAAGCAAAUCACUGCCUGCCAACUUGCAAGGAAUCUGGAAUCCUUCUUUUCACCCGGCAUGGGGGUCCAAAUUCACAAUCAAUGUGAAUCUGCAAAUGAACUACUGGCCAGCCAAUGUGUGCAAUCUUUCCGAGUGCGAGAUGCCGUUGUUUGACCUCCUUGAGCGAAUGGCAGAGUUUGGAAAGAAAACCGCUCAAGUCAUGUAUGGUUGCCGAGGCUGGACUGCCCAUUCCUGCACUGAUAUUUGGGCCGAUACUGCUCCCGUGGACCGAUGGAUGCCAGCGACCAUUUGGCCCCUUGGAGGAGCCUGGCUAUGCUACCACAUCUGGGAGCACUUCCAGUUCACGCAAGACUCUCCUUUCCUCUCUAGGAUGUUUCCAAUCCUGAAGGGAUGCGUGGAAUUCCUACUUGAUUUUCUGAUCGAAGAUGCCUCUGGCAAAUAUCUUGUCACGAACCCUUCAGUCUCGCCCGAGAAUUCGUUUUUUGAUCUGAAGGGCAACAAAGGGGUGCUGUGCGAGGGAUCUACCGUGGACAUCCAGAUUAUUCAGGCGAUUUUGAGCGCUUUUGAGUCUUGUGCAGAUCAACUAGGCAUUUCAGACUCGCUCCUGCCAACAGCUCGUGAAGCACGAGCCCGACUUCCGCCGAUGAAGAUAAGUGAUUCGGGGUAUCUUCAGGAGUGGGCUUUGGACUAUGGCGAGGUUGAGCCGGGUCACCGGCACACUUCACACUUAUGGGCGUUGUAUCCCGGGAAUGCGAUUGUCCCAACAAAAGAAUCCGAACUGGCCCAAGCUUGUAAAGUGGUGCUGCGUCGUCGUGCUGAAAAUGGUGGCGGUCACACGGGCUGGAGCCGAGCUUGGCUCAUCAAUUUACAUGCUCGCCUAUUCGACGCAGAGGGGUGUAGUAGACAUUUGGAUCUGCUUUUGUCUCAAUCUACCUUGCCGAAUUUACUCGACAGUCAUCCGCCAUUCCAAAUUGACGGCAACUUCGGCGGGGGCGCAGGAAUUAUUGAGAUGUUGGUACAGUCUCAUGAGCCAGGGCUGAUCCGACUACUUCCGGCUUGUCCCAGGGAUUGGAAAGGGUCCAUUCGGGGAGUUCUGGCUCGUGGAGGCGUGGAAUUGGCGUUCAGUUGGGAUAAAAUGUCUCUUCUCUCGCUGACUGCCAUAGUACCCGAAUCGGGUGGGAAGUUUGCCAUUUCCUUUCCUGAUGGGAAUGAGACUCGGGUACGAGAAGUUAAGGGACCUGGUCUGCAUGUAAUUAUCGAGGCAUAG